AUGCCCAGAAUCACCGCUUCCGUUUCCAAGGUCACUCGCACUCUUGCCGAGUCCCAGCGUCAUGCCGGUAUCGCUCUCAUGCCCAAGUAUGCUGAGCUCCUUGGAUCUUCUUCAGAACAGUCCCAGCACUCUGAGGCUCGUGGUCUUAAGACUACCCACCGUCCCACUCCUCAGCCAUCCAUCUCUGGUCGCACACGACCUCUGAUGCAGUCCUUCAGCUCUUCGUCAGCUUCUCGUGCUCCUGUCAACCAUGUCGACACCACUGUGUUGCCCAAGAUCCACGCUACUCCCAACUACAACGAGCCUCUUCCUCGUAUGCCUCUUCUUCCCGACAACUACGGCCGCUACCACAGCUCUAUGUCCGAUGCCACCGAUUUGUCCACUGGUAACCGACCCGUCAUCUUCGCUAUCAACCCUGAUAUCGUCGUUCCCGGUGCCCCCAUGGCCAACAUGGAUGCUACCAACAUGGAUAGCAUCGAUGUGAAGUUUGUUCACAACCAGCCAUCUAUCUCCACUGAGGCUGCCGCCGAGGAGAGAGACCCUGAGCGAAGCACAUUCUUCAGCGACAUCUUCCGCAGUAUGAAGGACGAUGUCUUUAGCGCUGCUCCUCAGUUCAAAAGAAACUAG